GUGUCAUCAAAUCGGCAGCAUCGUUACUAAACGAAAAUGAAAGUAUUUGCAGUGUUAGCAGUACUCAUCGCAGCAGCCAGUGCUCAACGGGAGGUAAUUGUUGGAGAGGAAGGCUGGUACGUACCGCAGCUAGAUGGCACGGCAAAGGGAACACACCGGGAGGUGUUCAUGGCGAAAUGCGGAGGUCCUGAUAAAUUUGAUUUUAAUCCAGUCAAGUUCUAUUUGUAUACCAAUUCUAAUCCUCUUGAUGGAAGAAAACUCAACCGUUCCAUAGCGAGUUUUGAAAGCUCGCCAUUCAGAAAAGAUAAACCCACCUUUUUCGUCAUACAUGGAUGGGCAGGUAGUUACGAUCAAUCUCAGAACUCUAAUAUUAUAAAAGCCUGGUUAGGCAGGGGCGAAUUCAAUGUAAUCGCCGUCGAUUGGCCACGUGCGCGCUAUACUGAAUAUUGUGGAGCGUAUAUGGCCGCUCGUGGUGUUGGUUGGUAUCUUGGAAAGAUGAUCAAUUUUAUGGCAAAGUAUGGCUUCGCUGGCGCAGCCAACAUCCACCUUAUUGGUUUCGAUCUAGGCGCACAUAUAGCAGGAUUUGCUGGCAAGUAUAUUGGUGAAGGCAAAAUCACAACUAUAACUGCUCUGGAUCCAGCUUUACCUGGCUUCACCUAUUCGUGGCCACACGCGCGUCUAGACACCAAUGAUGCAAAAUACGUUGAGACCAUUGUAACUAGCGGUGGAUUAUACGGUAUUCUGAAGCCUAUUGGAAGAGCUGUUUUCUACGUUAAUGGCGGCGAACAUCAACCGGGAUGUAUUGCCGACAUUUUUGGUAUUUGUGCCCAUGAGCGUGCUGUCACUUACUACGUUGAAGCCGUGGAAAAGAAUCACUUUGGCACCUAUAAGUGCUCUCAUUAUCAAACAGCUAUCAAUAAAAACUGUGCCCCUACAUUCUCCAACGUUCGCAUGGGAAAUACCUUCGAAAAUCCUGGCAAAGCUGAUGGCAUCUACUAUGUCCCUAUUAAAUCUAAGCGUCCAUUUGGCAUUUCUCCAUCUUCCUAAAUAAAGCACUGAAGGAUAUGCCAGUUUUCUUUAUCUGA